AUGGAUCUGUUCCUGAAGGAAUCGAAAAACCAGUUGAAUAACUUGAAUCAGUAUGCGAAAGUUCAUGUUGUCAUUGGUAAUGAGUCAUGUGACUUAGAUUCCACCAUCUCAGCUAUUGUAUACGCAUGGUUUCUAUCACAGACAAAAGAGAGUACUGAAGACACUGCCUAUAUUCCUGUUUUAAAUAUUCCUCGAGAUGAAUUCCGAUUACGUACAGAGGUUACUUAUUUCCUGGAUUUUAUCGACAUCAGCGACGCAAACCUCACCUUCUUCGAUGAGAUUAAUUUACUGAAUCUGAAAGAUGAAAACAAACUGUCACUCACUUUAGUGGAUCAUAACAUUUUACAACCAAAAGAUGCAGUUCUUGAAAAGACGGUCACUGAGGUGAUAGAUCACCAUAGUAACCAACGUGGUAAUGGAGAUGAUGACUGCCAUGUGACUAUAGAGAUGGUGGGAUCUUGUGUUACCUUGGUAACAGAGAAGAUUGCGAAUCACAAUGUGGAUAUGAUCACAGAGGAAAUAGCCAUGCUACUACUAGGUACCAUUGUCCUGGACACCGUGAACUUUGACCCAGCAGCUGGUAAAACUACAAUGAAAGAUGAAAUGAUAGCUUCAUUACUUCAAGACUAUUGCCCAAAUAUGGACAAAGAUGAUCUAUUUGAUGCAUUGCAGUCAGCGAAGUGUGACAUUUCAGGUUUACUAACUGAGGAAAUUCUUCGAAAAGAUUUAAAAUGCAUUAAUAAUGAUGUCCUCAGAAUUGGAGUGAGUUCAGUUACCAUGGACCUCAAGGAAUUCCUUGCUCGACCAGAUAUGGCUUCUGAUAUGAAGAACUUUUGUGAAACACAUCAUAUUGACAUCUUGGUUGUGAUGGCAAUUAGUAUAGAUGAUGAAAUUACGAGACAAUUAGGAUUGUUUGCAUGUCGUUAUGACAACAUUAAACAGGAGAUCCUUUUUAAACUGGAAUGCUCUGUGUCACCUGAUCUAGAUUUAUCUCCCUUGACAACCAACGUUACAUCAGUCACAGCGUAUCACCAAGGAAAUGUUGCUGCCUCUCGAAAAAAGAUUUUACCAAUUUUAAAUGAGUAUUUGGAAAAUGUUGAUCCUACUGACUUCAGAGCUGAACUGGGUGUUGUUACGCCUAGUAGUGAUGUGAUGGACCUUGCUAGUGAUACGCAGUCAGUUGCUAAAACCGAUGAAUCGGGCUUGUUAGAUUUUUCUUCAUCAGCCACAACAUCGAACACCAACACACCAAUCAGCCCUGAACAGAACAUUGCCACAUUUAUGGAAGAUGAGAGUUCCAUGAAUGAAAAUUUGAAUAAUAAUACCAAUGAGGAUCCAGGGACGGAUGGACCUCCUCUACCAAUGACAAGCCCACCUAUGUAUCUACAUGGUGCUUCAAAUGAAUUCAGUGAUUUAGAUCCUUUUCUUCCAGUAUCUGGUCAGUCAAACAUCUUUUCAAAUCAAGAGAGCAAUGGUGAUCCGUUUGGUUUUGAAAACACAGAAUCUUUCAAGAGCAAAGAACCUUACAUACUAACAUCCAAUGACAGAGAUCAGGAAAACAACACACCUUCUAUAAACUUACUUGACACAGUGAAUCCAGAAUAUUUAGAACGUGAUGAUACAAUGCCUGAAAGUUCAUCGCUGCCAAUAGGUAUUCCAAGACGAUCUCAAGAGAUGCCUGUCUACAACAGUCGCAGUCCAGGUGUUCCUCUGACACCUCAGAACUCCUUUGCUGACCAUAAUGAUAUUUUUAUGGAGAUAAAUGCUGAGAGACACAGACCUCUGGAUUUAAGUAAUCCUGAUAUUGCUAAUGCUGUUCAUGAACGACUACGUGAGGUUGAGGAACUGGAAGAAGAUGUAUUGAAUGACAGUGGGAGUAAUCCUGUUAAAAAUUCUCGUGAGGCUAAAAUAAUAAAUACUGUCACAGCUACAGAUAACUAUCAGCAGAUUACGCCCUAUCAAGAACUUAGCAAUGGAGAAGACAGAGUUAAGUUUGCAAGGAGAGAUCCUGCUAUUGCUUGCACCAAUGUAGUGGCACAGACACUUUCAUCUGAGAUGCUGACAUCUAGUGCAUCUGAUGUUGCAUUCUCCACAAGAAAGGUUGCAGAAGAUACCAGGAACAAUAUAGUUGCCAACAGGUUGGCUAAGAAUAUAUUAGAUGACAGCACUUCUAGUGUAGUUGAUGAUAUGGUGGUGGACUUUACAAACUGUAGAGACUUGAUGGUUAAUGAUAACCAGAAUAUUGUUUCCCACAUGCUUGCCAAGGACAUGCAGAGCACAGUUGACUUUACGAUGCGAAACAAUGCAUUUAGUGCAAUUGGACAGGAUCAAAAUGUCGUUGGUCAAAUGCUUGCCUCGGACAUGGUUAAUAGCGAUGAAGUUCAGUUUGUUAUGCGAGAUGGUGCAUUGGAAAAUGCAGGCCAAGCGCAAAAUGUUGUAGCUCAUAUGAUAGCUGGAAACAUGGAGGAACAGAUUGAAAAUAAUAACGAGGAUAUCGUGUUUGUAAAAAGAAACUUGGAUAAUAUUGAUAGUAACAUUGUGGCUAACUUGCUCGCUGCAGAAAUGCAUAACUUAGAAACAGAAGGUGUAAUGGGAAAUGCCAUGGACCAUGCUAAUGGAGAUGUUUCAGAUAAUGCAACAGAACAUGAGAUAGAGAAUGAUGCUGUUUUUGGAAAAUCAAUUCCAAAUGAAUUACCCAGUGACAAUGUCGUAGGCAAAUUGCAAGCAGAAGUGUCAAGUGAUAAGCUUGAUGAUGAUAUCACAUUCAGAAAGAAGGAUUAUUCUCGUAUGGACAAAUCAACAGCUAGAACAGGGAACAUUGUUGCAUAUAUGUUAGCGUACACGUCUAUGGAUGAAACGGGUGACUGGAACAAAAACAAUGAACAUGAUGAUGAUGGCGAUGAUACCAUGAAAGCUUCAAUGUGUGAUGUUCCUCUUGAUCCAUUCAUGCCUUAUGGAGAACAAAGGAGAAACAGCAUUGACCCACAAGAUGCUGACAACCAUGAGUGUGAACUAGAUAGGAGGAUGGGAAGUCCAUCAACAGAGACCGAAUCGCAGUCGGAAUCACAGACCAGCGGCGACGAACUCUCCUCUACGAGUGGGUCAUUCAGUUGCGCUGAGAUGCCCUCGCCUGUACAUCAUCCUAUAUCUCGGAUAGUGGAGGAACCCGAGAGUAGUGAGAACGAGGAUGUAACCAUGGCAACGAGAGGCGUCAUCGAGAGUGACAUCAUGGGGAAUGAUCGAGAGAGAAUGAAUGAUGAACUUUUUUCAGUAAAAAGACACGAAAUGGUUGAGAUGAUGCCAGAAGUAUCAGAGGAUAAGGCCAAGAAUACUGUGGUUGAUAGUCCGAUGCAAAAUGAUGAGGAUGCUGCGAAUGUGGGUCAGGGAUCAGAGCUCAAAGAUGAGCUUUAUAGCCCAAUGAUUGGUGAGGAUGAAAACAUAGGGUUUGUUUCAAGCAUCUUAAUUGAGCAGAGACUCGCCAAAGCUUCACCACGGAAAUUGAAGCGAUCCCCGGAAUCUGUUGAAAUGAUGUCCAAUGUGAAUUUGAAGGAGGAAUGGCAAGAUGACGAUGAGAUAUUAAAACAUCAGGCAUCCAUUGGAGAGGAUUGGGUAGAUGAAGUGAUAGAUAUAGAUCCAUCAAUUGCUGUACCACCUAUGGAAGGUGAUCACCCCAGACCAGGAUCUUUAGACUUAGGUGCUGUUCCAAAGGUGAAGAAGAAAGUUGGCAAACCUGCUGAAUUGACAUUUGAAGACAAUGAUGACCUGUCAAGUCAGAGCAGCAGUCUGGAUCUUGAAAGAAUUGAUGGCUUAGCUACCCCUGAUAUACAUACACCAAGUCUGAGAGAUAUAGAUAGUAUACUAAUGACUAGUGGUGAAAUGGAAUGGGAAGAUGACACUCCGUUAUCUAAAGCAACAUCGGCAGAAAAGAUCCCAGAAUACACUGCACAGGAAGAGCUAAGGGACAGCAGAAGUUGGCGAUUGGUGGAGAUUGGAAGCCAGAAUUAUUCCAUCGAUAUGAAGAUUAUCAAUCCAUAUAAGAAAGUAUUGUCCCAUGGAGGUUACUAUGGCGAUGGUUUGAAUGCUAUUAUAGUGUUUGCUGCUUGUUAUUUACCGGACAGAGGUAGAAAGGACUAUAAUUAUGUCAUGGAUAAUUUAUUUUUUUCCAAGUUUUUUCGUAAGCUACGUGUUGUAAUGAGUCUUGCAGAGUUGAAACAGAUGAUUCCAACUGAAUAUGUGUAUAUUCCAGAUGAAGUCAAAAAGUUUGACGAUAAGAAAAACAAGAAAAAGGUAUCAAUGUUAUCAUUUUUGCUUGACUGUAGUUAA